AUGUAUGACCUGUGUAGUAUGUGCAUCAAUCGUCAGAGAUUAUAUCAGAAUAUUGCUCAGCACCCUACAUUGCUCAUUACGGGCUAUCUGGGAGCAGCCAACGUCAUAUUGGCAUCCACCGCAUCUGAAUGUUUACCACUACCUUCAGUCGACAUUUUAAGCUCCGUUUCCAUAUCAGAAUAUGAUCUUUCACAAGCUACUUGUGAGAUUGGUAAUAUAAUGACAAUUAUAUAG